ACCGAGACCGGAAGUCGGCUUCAGUUAGGCGCGCGUGGUCUAGAGCAAGAAGCUGGAGAGAACUUCUACCCACAGGUGGGAACUGUCACUCAGGGCUCCUCCCAGCCACUUUGUUAAUAUAACACUCACUCACCCUUGUAACCCACCUGAGGUGAAGACAGCACUGCCCAGACCACAGCAGCAGCAUCAUGCUGAGCCAGGACUUCCUCCACAAGCUGAAGAUGCCACAUUUGGAUGAUAUCAGCCAGUUCAUCAGGACCGCCCCCACCCCCAUGUUGGUCAGCAUGGGGGCAGUGGCUGCAGCAGCAACCUACUACCUGGCAACACGGCCCAAGGCUCUCCCGCCCAUCUACAACCUUGACAUGCAGUCUGCGGAGGUCCCGGGUGGAGAUUUGGCCCGUCAGUCAGUUCUGCUGAAUGGAGACGGUUACCUGACACACAUCUAUGAUGAUGCCAGAACAAUGUAUGACUUCUUCCUCAGAGGCGUCCGAGUCUCCAAGAACGGCCCCUGUUUGGGCUCCAGGAAACCAAAACAGGCUUACGAGUGGAUGUCCUACAGGGAGGUGAUGGAGCGAGCAGAGAAUCUGGGUUCUGCAUUUCUUCACAAAGGCCACUCCAAGACCGGCGACCCCCACAUCGGUAUUUUCUGUCAGAACAGACCGGAAUGGACCAUCAGUGAGCUGGCGUGUUACACUUAUUCUCUGGUGUCCGUCCCGCUGUACGACACACUGGGAACCGAAUCCAUAGCCUACAUCAUAGACAAAGCUUCCAUCUCAACCAUAGUGUGUGAUGUAGCAGAUAAAGUGAGUCUGGUUUUGGACUGUGUUAAGGAUACAACGCACUCAGUGAAGACCAUCAUUGUAAUGGAGACCCCCACUGCCGGUCUGAUUGAAAGGGGGCGGCAGGCUGGAAUCCACAUCCUCAGUCUGCAGGAGAUGGAGACUCUGGGGAAGUCCAACCAUCAGCUGCCAGUUCCUCCCCGACAGGACGACAUGGCGGUCAUCUGCUUCACCAGUGGAACGACGGGACAUCCUAAAGGAGCCAUGUUGACUCAUGGGAAUAUUGUCUCCAACUGCUCAGCCUUCCUCAAGCUGACGGAGCUUUGCUGUCCGCUGUGUCCCAGCGAUGUCCACAUGUCCUACCUGCCCCUGGCUCAUAUGUUUGAGAGAGUAGUCCAGGGAGUCAUGCUAGUGCAGGGAGCCAGGAUCGGCUUUUUCCAGGGGAACAUUCAUCGGCUGGCAGAUGAUCUGAACGCGUUAAAACCUACCGUGUUCCCCGUCGUCCCGCGACUCCUCAACAGAAUGUACGAUAAGAUCUUUGGGCAGGCCAACACCUCUGUGAAGCGCUGGCUGCUGGAGUUUGCUUUCAGGAGGAAGCAGGCGGAGUUAAUGAAAGGCAUCGUGAGGAGAGACAGCAUCUGGGAUCGGCUGAUCUUCAGGAAGGUCCAGGCCCACCUGGGAGGCCGCGUACGUCUCAUGAUAACAGGAGCAGCUCCCAUCUCUCCCACCAUCCUGUCCUUCCUCAGAGUAGCUUUGGGCUGCCAGUUCUAUGAAGGUUACGGACAAACGGAGUGCACCGCCGGCUGCACCAUGACCGUGCCCGGAGACUGGAGUGCAGGUCACGUCGGAGCUCCUUUACCCUGCAACUGGGUUAAACUGGUGGAUGUGGCGGAGAUGAACUACCUGGCCGUAAACGGAGAAGGAGAGGUGUGUGUGAAGGGUGCAAACGUGUUCCAGGGUUACCUGAAGGAUCCGGAGAAGACAGCCGAGACUAUUGACGGAGACGGAUGGGUUCACACCGGAGACAUUGGGAAAUGGCUUCCGAAUGGCACGCUGAAGAUCGUGGACAGGAAGAAGCACAUCUUUAAGCUCGCUCAGGGGGAGUACAUCGCUCCGGAGAAGAUAGAGAACAUCUACACCAGGAGCGGUGCGGUGGCGCAGGUCUUUGUGCACGGAGACAGUCUGCAGGCGUGUCUGGUAGCAGUGGUGGUUCCUGACCCGGACUUCCUGUCUGGAUGGACUGAGAGGAUGCUGGGGCUGCAGGGCAGCUACCAGGAGCUAUGUGAUAGAGCGGAAGUGAAGGCAGCCAUCCUGGAGGACAUGCUGCGGCUGGGGAAGGAGGGAGGCCUCAAGUCUUUUGAGCAGGUGAAGGCCAUCCACAUCCACACCGAGCUGUUCUCCAUCGAGAACGGCCUGCUCACCCCCACCAUGAAGGCCAAGAGGAACGAAAUGCGCCAACACUUCAGAGCCCAGAUAGACGAGCUGUACGCCGGCAUCAAAAUGUAGCACGGAGACGAAGGAAGGAAGCAAAUGAAAGACGAGACAUCGUCAGAACGUCAGAUAUCUCAGGAAAUAAACACUACACAGAUACACACAUUUUUACCAAGAGGCUUUACAGACAAAAGGUUCGACUAAUCACAGACAAAUAAAUAUGAGGAAAUAUUAUAAACAACAAUGAAACACGAUAGCAGACCAAACUAAUAUAAUUCAGAGUCAGUCUCAGGUUAACAGUAAAGAACGGCUUCCUCGCCUCCUGCAGGCUCGAAUCAACUUCAGUCCCGGUGAAAACUUCCAAAUAUGUAUUUAUCUAAAUGAUUUUAACCCUUUAAAUGCCAGUCUGAUGAUGUUUUCUCCUAAACACUGUGUCACUUAACUGCCAUUUAAAG